UUCCUUCUGGCAGAGUUCCUUCCUUCUUGUUUCUCAGCUGGGCGGUGGGAGGCUUCCUUCCUUCCUUCUGGGCGAGGCGGAGGCAGGAGAGGGAGGCCUUUGGGGUUGCAGCUGGCCCUCUUCGGCAGGGGAGGCCCAAGGCCUUGGGAAACUAGAACUCCCAAGGCCCCACGCCUGGAGCCACGGCUUUGCAGGAAGAAACUCCCUAUUCAGGUCAGGGAUAUGUCUCCAUGCUGCUGGGAUUGCCUUUAUUGAGUUGUUCCAUUGGACAAAGGAAGAACAGCAGCCCUUUGCUCCUGCACAUUCAAAGCAAGGUCGGUUGACUCUUAUGUUCAAGGUAUUUGCCUGGAAGCAACACUAGUGACUCUUUUCAUCCGUGAACCAAAGUUGGGAUUGAAGAGAGGAAGGGGAUGGAGGAGCCGAAUCCUGCAAGUCUGCAGCUGGAACAAGGAACUCCAAGAGAAGGAGGGAAAGCUGGAAGUAGAGUUCCGUCCCAAUAUGUGACCAAAGGGCCAACGUGGAAAGCGCCGGAAGAAGGCAAGGACUUUCCAGGUCAAAGGAUGCAGCAGCACUGGGAAGCCCAAUGGCAGGAGUUCCUGAAGUCCGUCCAGUCACCUUCCUUGGCAUGGGGAAGCCUUCCGCCGGCAGAGGAAAUGCCAUGGGACGAGGCCAAGGCCUUCCUGGCCUCCUUCGAGCAAGUGGCCAAAGCCUGUCGGUGGCCAAAGGAAGAGUGGGCGGCCCGACUAUUGCCUGCAUUGAGUGGAGAAGCAGAGCAGGCCUUUCAGAGCCUGGAAGCCGGAGACAGGGAGGAUUAUGGGAAAGUGAAGGUGGCCAUCUUGCGAGCGGAGACCCUGAGAGCGGAGCUGCAGCGCCAGCAUUUUCGGCAGUUCUGCUGCCAAGAGGUGGAGGAUCCGCGAAGGGUUUACAGCCAAGUCCAGGAGCUUUGCAGUCGGUGGCUGAAGCCGGAGAGACGCAGCAAGGAGCAGAUCCUGGAGCUGCUGGUCCUGGAGCAAUUCCUGGCCAGUCUUCCCCAAGACCUGCAAGGAUGGCUCCGAGGCGCAGGGCCGGAGACCUGUUCCCAGGCUGUGGCCCUGGCAGAGGACUUCCUCCUCAAGAGGCAGCAAGAGGCCAGUUCAGCCAAGUGGCAGGGUCUUCUGGACUGCAAAGACACAGACGUAUCUUUGCACAGGGUUGAGCGGACGCUGUCCCAGCCGGGCCAACAGACAACCUUCUGGCAAGUCCUGCAGGAGGAGGGCGGAAACGCCCAGGCGUUUGGUGAGGAGAAGGCAACUUCACUUAAAGUGGAGGCGUCUCAACCUGGAUGGGAUGAGCUGGAGGAAAGGUCCGGGGCAGUGCCACUCAUAAACCAAGGAAAUGGACCAUCAACGGUGGAGAUGUGUGGAGAAAGAAAUGAUGAAAAGGGAUGUUGGAAAGAGAUGAAGAUAUCUCCUCAGGUGGAGUCAUUGCCAGCCGAAGCAUCUCAGUGGAGUUUGCCUGCGACAUCCAUUCUUAAGAUGAGAUACCAGCUCAGAGAUCAACAGUCGAAGCAGUUAGUGGAGACAGAGAGGAAACACACCAAAAGCCUCAUAGCUGCUGAUAAUAAAGCUUCCACAGACAUGGGGAAUGCCUUGUUCUCCAAGUAUGGGAGAAAAUACCACAAUGUGUCAGAUGAGUUUGUUGAUCUAAACCCAAGAAAGAAAGAUGCUGAAUGUCCUGAAGAUGGAGAAAGACGCAAGAGCCAUGGACAGUCAUUACAGAGAUCCCAAAAUGUUCCUACAGGAAGGAAACUGCAUAAAUGUGCUACUUGUGAGAAUGUCUUCAGAUGUAGAGGGCACCUGUUACGUCACCAGCGAAGUCACACUGGACAAAAGCCAUACCAAUGUGCUCAGUGUAAGAAAUGCUUUGGCCAGAAAGGUACGCUGGUAAGACACCAGGCAAGCCAUACUGGGGUGAAACCCUAUAACUGCUCUCAGUGUGGCAAGUGUUUUGCUCAGAGACAUCACUUGAAGGAGCAUCAAAGAAUUCACACUGGAGAGAAACCCCAUGAAUGCUCUCAGUGUGGAAAGUGCUUCACUCGGAGAGUCAGCUUGAAGAGGCAUCAACGAAUUCAUACUGGAGAGAAACCCUAUGAAUGUUCUCAAUGUGGGAAAUGCUUCCGACAGAGCUCACAUUUGAUAUUCCACCAGAAAAUCCAUACUGGAAAACCCUAUAGUUCCCUAUAUGUGGUAGAGGCCUCCCUUGGUGAUAUCUGUUGAUAGACGUCAGAAAACCCAUUGAACCUCCAUAAAGUCUCUGUCUUCUGUGAGUGGGGAGAACUGUGGUCCGAAAGAUGCACUGAUGGAACACGAGUAUUUAUGAAGGGUGCUGAGAUAAUGUAUACUCAGUAGUCUUUAGGCCACUGCAGAAUGGGAGAGAAUUAGAGGCAUUCCUUCCUUAAAGUGGUUCCUCAGCUGCAGGUUCAAAUGGAAGACCAGAUUUCUUCUGUGAAAUAAUAAUUGUAUAAGUCAGGAUACACGUUUUUAAAAUAUAAAUAAGUUGGUGUUACACAAGCAUUUCCAAUUGUUUGCUUUUUAGCAUUUAGCUUUUCAAAACAAUAACGAAUGUACAGUUAUCCAUCCAGAUGUGCUGGUCAGGGGCAUAAGACCCCCAUGAAAGUGAAAAACAGAAAGCAAAACUUAACAAGAAGAAAUGAGAGAAAGUUAACUUGAUUAUAUAGGAAAUUAAGAGGAGAGAACAAGAAUAAAUGUUACAUGCAAACAAUAAUAAAUGUUUGAAAAACAUAAUUCUAAUAACAUUUGGUUGUAUCCACCGUUUUGUUAUUGCAAUCCAACCAGGAACAUACCCUCCGCAGAAACAGGGGUCUUACUGUAAAUAAAGGGCAGUUGCCAGUUGUCUGUGGCUGAUCUUGGUAUCCAGUGUGUCAUAAUAACUGUUUUAUGCCAAGUUUGUGGUUUUAUUGACAAAACUGCAACUCAAAAUAUGCCUUGCCUUGCCUAAACAUGUUUUCAUUUUUGACUAUCAAGGUUCAGAUAAAGGAGGCUAUAACUUCGCAUUGGAAGUCAUAUCCUCCUUUAUUCUGCUUUGGUCAGACCUCACUGGAUAACCCUGUGUCCAGUUCUGGACCUCACAAUUCAAGAAGGAUAUUGACAAUAUAGAAUAUGUCCAGAGAAGGGUGACCCAACAUGAUCAAAUGUUUAGAAGCCAUGAAUCCCUAUGAGGAUAGCUCAGGGAUUUGAUUAGCGCCCACCCUGUCCACUUUUCACAAAGAACUACUGUAAAAACAUGGAUGUUCCACUGUCCUUUUUAUUAACCAGCUCACUGGAUACUUUGGCCUCUCCAGCCACAGCUCCAUAUCUGCCUCUUGCACUUAACCUUUGUCCCUGACCUAUAGUUGUAUUGCUCUGCUUGAUUUGGCCCUUCUAGCCCAGACUUACCAUCUGGCUCUUGCACUUUUCCACCAGCCCUAUCCUUGCAACUGUAUUGCACAAGCCCCUACCUCACCCUUUGGCUUAGUCUA